UGUGUGCUCGCCGUAGAGCUGCAGUCACUGGCAGUGUGUAUGUGUGGCGGGCGGGGUUCACGGGGAAACAGUUGGGCGUACAGACGUUUGGACCCAGUGGGGAAGCUGUGAGGUUGGUGACUCGAUCUCUACACAACGCUCUUCGUUUUCGCUGUAGAAGAAUAAAAGGGCUUUCAUCAUGUCUGACAAAAGCGAGCUGAAGGCCGAACUGGAACGCAAGAAGCAGCGUUUGGCUCAGAUAAGGGAGGAGAAAAAACGAAAGGAAGAGGAGAAGAAAAAGAAAGAAACAGAUCAAAAGAAGGAUGCUCCCCCUCCGCAGGAAGAGUCUGACUUGGAAAAAAAACGCAGAGAAGCCGAAGCUUUGCUACAAAGCAUGGGCAUCACCCCCGAGCCACCACUGGUCCCCCCGCCAACGUCUCCGUCCUCUAAAUCUGUGAGCACCCCAAGUGAGGCCGGAAGCCAAGACUCUGGAGAUGGGCCUGGUGGAGCGAGUGAUAAAGCCGCCGCUACCAAGAAGACUCUCCAUUGGGAUACUGACCCGUCCGUUCUUCAGCUGCACUCUGACUCUGACCUGGGGCGCGGUCACAUUAAACUUGGAAUGGCUAAGAUCACGCAGGUGGACUUCCCUCCACGAGAAACCGUGACAUACACCAAGGAAACUCAAACACCAGUCGUGGCGCAGGAAAAUGAAGGUGAUGAAGAAGAGGAGGAAACCGUUGCCCCCAAGCCAGCAAUUGUACCUGAGGAGUCAAAACCAACUACAAAAGAGGAGAAAAGUGAAGCUCCACCCCACGAACUUACUGAGGAGGAGAAGCAACAGAUCGUUCACAGUGAGGAAUUCAUAAGCUUCUUUGACCACAGCACCAGAAUCGUAGAACGUGCUCUGUCUGAACAGAUCAAUAUUUUCUUUGACUACAGUGGAAGGGAUUUGGAAGAAAAAGAGGGAGAGAUACAAGCUGGUGCAAAGUUAUCCCUAAACAGGCAGUUUUUUGAUGAACGUUGGUCAAAACACCGUGUUGUCAGCUGCUUGGAUUGGUCCUCUCAGUACCCAGAAUUGCUUGUCGCAUCAUACAACAACAACGAGGAUGCCCCUCACGAACCAGAUGGUGUGGCUCUUGUGUGGAACAUGAAAUAUAAGAAGACGACCCCCGAAUAUGUGUUUCACUGCCAGUCUGCUGUUAUGUCGGCUGCUUUUGCAAAAUUCCACCCCAAUCUCAUUGUUGGUGGGACGUAUUCUGGACAAAUCGUCCUAUGGGACAAUAGAAGCAACAAAAGGACUCCAGUCCAAAGGACCCCGCUUUCAGCUGCCGCUCACACGCAUCCCGUGUACUGUGUCAAUGUGGUCGGCACGCAGAACGCUCACAAUCUCAUCAGCAUCUCCACGGAUGGCAAGAUUUGUUCCUGGAGUCUCGAUAUGCUGUCCCAGCCUCAGGACAGCAUGGAGUUGGUCCACAAGCAGUCCAAGCCUGUAGCUGUCACCUGUAUGUCCUUCCCAGUCGGAGAUGUCAACAACUUUGUGGUGGGAAGCGAGGAAGGUUCUGUGUACACAGCAUGCCGCCACGGCAGCAAAGCCGGGAUAAGUGAGAUGUUUGAAGGCCAUCAAGGACCAAUCACAGGAAUACACUGCCAUUCCGCAGUGGGAGCGGUUGACGUCUCUCACCUGUUUAUCACUUCGUCUUUUGAUUGGACGGUGAAGCUCUGGACGACAAAGAAUAACAAACCUUUGUACUCGUUUGAAGACAACUCAGACUAUGUUUAUGAUGUCAUGUGGUCACCGACUCAUCCGGCCCUCUUCGCCUGUGUAGACGGUGUGGGAAGACUCGACUUGUGGAAUCUUAAUAAUGACACGGAGGUGCCCACCGCCAGCAUAAACGUGGAAGGCAGUCCUGCCCUCAAUCGCGUGAGAUGGACUCACUCUGGCAGAGAGAUUGCUGUUGGAGACUCUGAAGGGCAGAUCUUCAUAUAUGACGUGGGAGAGCAAAUUGCUGUGCCGCGGAAUGACGAAUGGACACGCUUUGCUAGAACCCUUGCCGAGAUCAACGCAAACAGAGCAGAUGCAGAGGAGGAAGCAGCAAAUCGCAUCCCCGGAUAAAAGCCUCGCACGCGUCUCGUAACGGGGCGCUCAGCAUUGGUUACCCUCCGGAAGCACUAACAUGCGUCUGUUCAAAGAUAAUUUAUCAGAAGAAAUAUAUGGAAUAGGAUCUGUGGACUGCAAUGAUUUAUAAACCUCAUUGAAACCAAUGCAGUGUCUUUAUUUAUUUGUACCUACUCCUGGCCUUUGGUUGUGUUACAGUAUAACUUGGCCCAACUUGCUGACACUGUCGAGCCUUGGUCUAUAUUUCCUUUUGGACAAGCUGUUAAGUGUUUCCAAUUUUUUUAAACUAACCUACUGAUAGAAAUUCUGUGAUUUUUAGCUUCAGUGCGUUACUACUCAGGAUAACACCAAUGCAUUAGGGCUCGGUAUGUAAAGCAUUGCUAAUAUUCCAGGACACACCAUAAGCCACAUCUAACUGCAUGCCACUCCGCACUUCUAUAGCCAUCUCAUGUAUAGCUUUCCUGUUACCGCCAUCAAUAGUAUGCCAUUUUAUUAAAGGAGAAACAUUUUUAACUUGCAAUUUCCAGUUGACUGCGAUACUGUCUUGUGUGGUGUCUAGUAAAUUUAGUAAAAAAGAUUUCUGUACAAAAA